GCCGUAAGUGAAACGGAAAAAGUUGUCGACUGCUUCCUUCUCUCUCGCAGUCUUGACAGCUCGUUUCAUCAGCCACGCGACUGACUGUCUUCCAAUGGACGGAGACUGUGUGAACCAAUAUACGAGGCGGCUGCAGAAGCAGGAAUGCGAGAUCCAAAGUCUCUCCGCUGAGCUGGAGAGCCUGAAGAACCCGCAGAGCUCAAGUCCGUCUUGUCGUCUGGAGGAGCUGCGAGAGGAGAACAGCAGGCUGCAAUAUCGCCUCAACGUGCUCAAAAGGAGUCUGCAGGAGGAGACCCCCUGCUGCGGGACCGCCAUGAUGAACAUCAACCAGCGGCUGCAGGAGAUUUUUGGCCAGGCCAUCCGGGCCUCCUGCCCCGAGCUGGACAAGCCGCCGCUCUCCGUCACGCCCAACCAGCAGGCCAAGUUUGGAGACUACCAGUGCAACAGCGCCAUGGCCAUAGCACAGCUGCUGAAAGCAAAAGGCCUCAAAGUCAACCCGAAGGAAAUUGCAGAGAAAAUCAUUGUGAACAUUCCGCAGAACGAGCUUAUCCAGAAGACGGAAAUCGCAGGACCAGGCUUCAUCAACGUCCACCUGAAGCGCUCGUUUGUGUCCGGGCUGUUGAGCGACCUGCUGCUCAACGGCGUGCAGCCGCCUCGGCUCGCCUCCAGGAAGCGGGUGGUGGUGGACUUCUCGUCGCCCAACAUCGCCAAGGAGAUGCACGUGGGCCACCUGCGCUCCACCAUCAUCGGUGACAGCAUGUGUCGACUCUUUGAGUUCCUGGGCUACGACGUACUCAGGUUGAACCACGUGGGGGACUGGGGCACGCAGUUCGGCAUGCUCAUCGCCCACCUGCAGGAUCAAUUCCCAAACUACCUGGCGGUGUCGCCCCCCAUCGGGGACCUGCAGGCCUUCUACAAAGAGUCCAAGAAGCGUUUUGAUGAGGAGGAGGAUUUCAAGAAGCGGGCGUACCAGUGCGUGGUCCGCCUGCAGAGUAAAGAAGCCGACUUCAUCAAAGGCUGGAAUCUCAUCUGCGACGUCUCCAGGAGAGAGUUCCAGAAGGUUUACGACUGCCUGGACGUGGACCUCGUCGAGCGGGGCGAGUCCUUCUAUCAGGACUUGAUGACGAAGGUGGUGAAGGAGUUUGACGAGAAAGGUCUGACGGAGAUGGACGAGGGUCGCAAGAUCGUGUUCGCCCCCGGUCAGUCCAUCCCGCUCACCGUCGUCAAGUCGGACGGCGGUUACACGUACGACACGUCGGACCUGGCCGCCUUGCGCCAGCGCAUUUUCCACGAGAAAGCCGACAUCAUCAUUUACGUGACGGACAGCGGGCAGGCCCCACACUUCCAGUUGGUGUUUGCCGCCGCCAAGAUGAUCGGAUGGUAUGACCCCCAGGUGACCAGGGUGGAGCACGCCGGCUUUGGAGUGGUGCUAGGCGAAGACAAGAAGAAGUUUAAAACUCGCUCAGGAGACACGGUGAGGCUGAUGGACCUGCUGGAAGAAGGACUGAAGAGGUCCAUGGACAAACUCAAGGAGAAAGAGCGAGACAAGGUCCUGACGCCGGAGGAGCUGCGGAAGGCCCAGCGCUCGGUGGCGUUCGGCUGCAUCAAGUACGCCGACCUGUCGCACAACCGCAUCAACGACUACGUCUUCUCCUUCGACAAGAUGCUGGACGACCGCGGCAACACGGCCGCGUAUCUCCUCUACGCCUUCACGCGCAUCCGGUCCAUCGCCCGCCUGGCCAAUCUAGACGAGGCGACCCUCAGGAAGGCUGCCGAGAGCACGGAGGUGCUCCUGGACCACGAGAAGGAGUGGAAGUUGGGCAAGUGCAUCCUGCGCUUCCCCGAGAUCCUGCAGAAGAUUCUGGACGACUUGCUGCUGCACCCGCUGUGCGAUUACCUCUACGAGCUGGCCACCACCUUCACCGAGUUCUACGACAGCUGCUACUGCGUGGAGAAGGACCGACAGACGGGUGAGGUGGUGAAGGUGAACAUGUGGCGUAUGCUGCUGUGCGAAGCCGCGGCAGCCGUUAUGGCCAAAGGCUUCCACAUUCUGGGUAUCAACCCAGUGCAGAGGAUGUGACGGACGGACGCACGCACGCACGCACGCACGCACGCACGCACGCACGCACGCACGCACGCACGCACUCACUCACUCACUCACUCACUCACUCUCCCGUUUCCUCCACUCAAUCUGAUCAUGAACGCUCACUUCAUCCUUUUGUCUGUAUUUUUUCAAAUUAAAAAGAUGAUGUGAAACUA